AUGGAGCGCGCCGCCGGGGAGGCGGGCGCCCCCACGCCGGCGGCGAGAGGGGGAGCGGCAGCGCCAGCGGGAGCGGGGGCAGGGGCUGGGGGAGGGAUGGUGAAGGGGAGGUCCUGCAAGGGCUGCCUCUACUACUCGUCGGCGCUCAGGUCGCGAGCGCGCGGGCCCGUCUGCGUCGGCGUCACCCGCGCCAUUCCCCAAGUUUCUGAGCGUAUGGUUGGAGAACUUGAACUGGAAGCUAUCCAAGAAGGUCGCUAUCUUGCAGAUUUCAGACAUGCAUGUGUUGGCUAUUCAAUGUACUUAGAUGACAAGGAAACUCCUACGGGGAUACGAGAUAAGGCACGUGCGCAGCUACCUGUUUGUACUGGAGUCGAGCUAUUGGCAGAUAGAAAAGUCCCAACAAAUGUUAAGAAAGAAGCUCCAAAACCACGUCAUUACAAACCAGGGCAACCAGGGCAUGCGGGAGAUGAUUUCUUAACUAAAUUUCAGAGGAAUGCAGGACUUGUGGCAAAUGGUGUGGCUAAGAACCUGAAUAAAGUUGGGACCUACAUCAAAGACACCGUGGGUGAUAUGAUGCAGCCUUACCGCAAGCGUCCCAAAUAA